GCACAAAUGGAGAAGUGCUUAAACAUCUGAUCUUUUGGGGGUUUGAAACGUGACCAUGUGGAUAACACAGCUUUUAGGAAUCAGGACAAGGGACUCAACAAGAAUCUUCACUAUUUCUAACCCAGUGCAGCAAUGCCACCAUCCUAUGUUCUUCAUUUUUUAUCAGGCCAUUCAUUAGGAAGCCAUGCUUGGAUUUUAAUAGCCAUUUUUCAACUUGCCAUGGAUUUCAUUAUUUGUGAAUCAGGAUCCCCAGGCAAAGCAUACAAACAUUUACAAAGACCUUCACUAGUACAUAGGACACAUAAGGUUGCUUUGUGGAGUCCAAAAGAAAUGCUAAAACUGAGGAACCAGAAACAUUAUUGGAAUCCUAUUAAUUAUGAACGUUCUGUUUUGCCAAUAGAAAGGAAACAUUAUAAAACAUAUCAUAAAGACCAUGCAAACAUAAUUUUUUCUAGAAAUGUGCCAUUAAAAAACUCUAUCAUGGAAAACUCACAUUAUUCAUCAGAACAAAUAAAAAGCACUGUCAAAAUGACAAAUCUGAAUAGGAGUAAGCGACAGCUCCAAAGCUGGGACAACUUGAAACGUUUUUUGGAUAGUGAAAGUCAGCUAACGACAGUCUCUGAAUUUAUUUUAUGGGGACCAACAGGGGAUGAUGACGUUGUGGUGUCAAGCACAUUCCCUGGAAUUUAUGAGACCACAAAAACCUCUACUGUUCAAGCCAGGACAACUUUGUUGGAAACAACAACUACCACAAUAGCUUCCACAACCACAAAUGUCAAAGUCACUACAUUACAAAACCCAGGGAUUCAUCGAAAGAAAGCCCCUGGUAGGAUUAGCACAGCUGACCCAAAUCCAGGUAAUGGAAAGACUGCACGACCACCAAGGAUACCCAAUGAAUCUUCAGGUCUAGCGGUACACCAGAUUAUUACCAUCACUGUUUCCCUAAUCAUGGUCAUUGCAGCAUUGAUAACAACACUCGUCUUGAAAAAUUGCUGUGCACAAAGUGGAAAUGCCAGGCGUAACAACCACCAGAGGAAGAUAAAUCAGCAAGAAGAAAGUUGUCAGAACUUGACUGACUUUACUCCAGCUAGUGUUCCCAGCAAUAUGGAUAUAUUCACAGCAUACAAUGAAACUCUUCACUGCUCCCAUGAAUGCAUAAGGACGCCCGUACCUGUAUACACAGAUGAGGCUUUGUAUCAAACUGGAGCAUUUAAGACCACAUUCAAUGGCAAUAGACCCACUUCUUCUGAUCGUCAUCUUAUACCUGUGGCCUUUGUGUCUGAGAAAUGGUUUGAAAUCUCCUGCUGACUGGCUGAAGUCUGUUUUUCUUCCUGAGGGCAGACGCCAUGUUUCUAUUUCCUGGAUUCCAUUAGUAAACCUGUAAGAUUCACAGGUGUCUGCUCUGUUUGCCAUUGGAACUCAAAAUAAAAAAACUGUAUGGACAGAUAUGUAUUUUUAUAAAAAUAUGUUAACCUACAGACGCUGUACUUUUUCCUUAAAGAAUAUUUUUUUUUUGGAAUAAAAGAGAAAAAAAUAACGUUCAGCUACUGAAAAGAAAUUCUUUAAUAAAAGACUGACAAUGUGAAUUUUGGAGGUCUGGACUGUGAUUUUUGAACCUGUGCCAAUAAUACCAAUAUGUGCCAUGAAAUGAUGUGGAAGAUUUCAUUCAAAAAAGAAGUUAAGUAUGCUUUAAAUAAUACCAGAUAAAAGGAUUUGGUGAUCUAUUUCUGAGCAUAAACAUUGUAUUAAGGCAGUAAAUCCAUUCAUAAAUAUACAUUUUUGUAAUGUAGCAUCAUUUUUAACUGUUAUUAUUUAAAAAAAAAAUCAAUGUUCAGAUCAUAGUCGCAAAUCUGUCAAAUAAAAAUAAGACUUUUUAUACGACCAGUAUUUAAGAAUGAAUAAGAAAUAAACUUCUGGCUUGCUUUUAUACUGCUGUAAUUCUACAAAAAGUAUAUGCAAUGAAAUGUGUUUUGGAGGAUAUUUUUGAUGAAGGAUUGUUUUGAUUUAUCUUUCACUUUUAAAAAAUUAUUUUGUUUGAAAAUUGGAAAUGAAAGUAAAUUAUUAUUGCAGAGGCCAGAGAGAGAGA